AUGUCCUACGCACCCCCCGACCCGGACCCACCCCGCCGAGCCUACUGCACCAAGCUCCCCAACACGCACACCCUCUUCAUCAAGAUCCCCGUCGCCGUAGCCCUCAUCGGCAACCCCCUCCUCGCCUGGCAGCACCACAGCUACGUCACCGCCACCAUCCAGCCCCUCUCCUCGCCCGCCCUCUCCACCAACCAGUCGCGCAUCACGCUGCGCGAAGACUUCGCCAUCCUCGUGACGCUCGCGCUCCUCCUCAGCGUCUUCAACGGCAUCCUCGCCUCGCACCUCCUCCGCGUGACGCUCGUGGGCCUGGGCCACCUGCGCGAGUACAUCGACCUGCGCUCGCCGCUGCGCCCCGCGCUCACAAAGUGCCUCUGGCGCAGCUUCACGACGCUGUCGGUGCUGGCCGCGACGGCCGCCGCGCUGCUGCUCACGUUCGCGCAGUUUGUGAGCCCGUUUGUGACGCCGGGCGUGGCGUGGGAGCGGCGCUAUGCGGCCGCGUGCGAUGGCGGGAUGGACGUGAGGGUGUUUCUGGAUGCGGCGGAUUCGAGGCCGGCGAGGAGUGUGCUGUUUGGGGAUCUGCAGAGCUUGGGUAGUUAUCGGAUGGUGAUGGAGGAGGAGGAGGAGGAGGAGGGGGACGGCGUGAGAAGGAGUAAUUUUUCGGUGGUGUCGGCGCGGGACGGGCAUGGCGGGUUUGUGCCGAGGUUUGGCAGCGUGCUGUAUGAUGUGAAGGGUCAGCAUCUGCAGGCGUUUGAUGAGGGCGGGCAGAUGGUGAUGGAGAGUGCGUUUGGGAUGGGUGAUGAUUUUGGGAUUGAGGAGAUGGGGCUGGAGGGGGAUGCGGGGCCGUUCUCGAGGAGGUGUGUUUUUGACCCGACGGUGGAGGUGAGGGAGAAGGGUAAGGAGGGAGUGGUGAUGAGGACGGUGCAGUUUACCAUCUGUGGACAGCUGCAGCUGUGUGCGCAGAGAGAUGAAUGGGACAAGGUGCAGGUGGUGGCUGGACUACUGAUAUUGAUGAGAAAGGCACGGCCAAGUAGGUGUUGCAAGGGAAGUGUGAUCCCGGGAGUGGCUGGAAGAGACGCAGGGUGGGAUGGUAAGGGAGUCCUCUGA